AUGCAUCGCUAUCGCGACGCUCUCUUGGCUCCCGAGCCACAAGGAGUUCCCCAGGCUAGUGGAUCCGAGCGCAGUGUUAUAGACCAACAGGACAUUGUGGAGUGCAUUGCUCGGGGGGAGCUGGAAGAAGUCAGAACAGUGGCAUUCCGCAACAGGACGUGGGCUGUCACCAACAAAUACUGCUUCGGAUCUGGCACCGACUCUCUUCAGGGCCCCAUAUGUUCUAUCUGGCAUAUGUAUUACCAGCUCAGUCGCCACGCACCGCACGACAAGCCUGAGAAUGACAGCUUAGUCCUUGAUAUCCUCAGGAUUCAGGGCCUUGGCCCGCUGACGAGGCCCACGCCGAACUAUGACAAUAACGACAUCGACAUUGCACGCACAGCUGACGGAGUCUUGUGGAACGACUUACCUUUUUUUGCGACCGAUAUGACGAAGUAUUGGAUGGAGUACGCUGGAUCCAUGUCCGGCGCUCACCGACUGAACUUCUCAGCUUUCCUGGCCAAGCUCGCCUCGACUCGCGUUGGUAAAGAUCGGUUGUGCCAGAUUGCUCUUCACCUCUUCCGUUAUGCGUUCGAAGAGGCGCGAGCCCUUCGCAUCGGAGACGAGCCGGACGAAGAAGACAAGCACAGAACACUUCACAACUUGAGUCACAUAUAUCUGUUGCCGUCCGUCUGUGCAUGGAUCAAGAUUGUCGGGCACAAUCUUAUUAUGCUCUCAGACACAUAUUGGAACGACUGUCCGAGCGAUGUUGGUCGAGGAGGCAGUCUCUUCGUGGAAUCAGACUUCGGGUCAAGGUCGCCAAUUGGGUUCACGCCUUGGAGGUGGAUGUUCUGGCUGAAACGCUUGCAUGAGAUCCGGGAUGAAGCCAAAGAAGCUGAUGAGCAGCAGAUUGCAGAGCUCGCUAUGGAUGCUAUUGAGCGAAUGGUCCACCAAGCGAAGGAGCGGAACUCGGAGAUUCUUAGAGUUUAUCGAAAUGGGGGAGACUUUUUGAGUCACGAGCCGCAUCUAUCAUGCCUCAAGGACAGCUCAGACGUCUGA